AUGGAAGAUCUGUUUGCCGAUGCCUACGUCGAAAAUUUCAUUCUGCGCAAAAUCGCACAAGCAUUCGUCGACGGCAUCCACACCCACGCCUCGACUUUGUUUCUCUGCCGCUUGACUCGCGCCACCCCUUCCCAGUGGGUCAAAGCGCGUAUCGGCCACCGUGCUGAAGAAGAGGCGUUGGCGAGACGGGGACGUCAGGUGUUGACCCAGCUCGUUCCGGACAUACUUGCCCAGUUGGAAAUAAGGGACGCUGGAGUUGGGCGAGAUCUCGACGCGUUCACGUCGAACGAAGUAACGGCGGAGCUACUCGCUGCAAUCGAUGGAGGAAGCAGCAUCACUCGGCUCGUUGAGCGGACUGGUUUGUGGCCGCCUCGCGUCAUAGGCCCGACGGCUCUCUCGAGUUGCAUUCCCAUCUACGCCAGCAUCGCCGCCAGCAAUCUGGUUGAUCAGGUCAGGAGAGACCGCCUCAAUACAGACCUCGGAACUAUUUUGAAGAUGCUUCUCCCCUCCGUAAUUCCAAGUCUCGUCUCCGAGUUCGCAAUGCGGGAAGUAGAUGCUGGGGACAAUGUUCAGGGCAAGCACAACGUUGAAAAUGCCAAGGAGUGUGUGGAAUCGACAGAUGACUCGACAUCAAACAAUUCUGUCGUUUGUGUUGGUAUUCCACUGGGGCGAGUCCCGCAACCCAUUAUCGCUGGCACGUUCGAUCCAUUCGCCCCAUACUUUGGCCAUCAGCUCCAGCGCAACUUCUCUUCCUCGCCCUGCGUUCACAAAAUUGGGACCACCAAGUCGUCUAUCAGCAACAAGGUACUGUACAAUCAAUUAUCGGGACUAGUAUGCACUCAAAUACUAUGGCAAUCCACCACAAGGGGAAAAAUAAGACAACAUUUGCGUAGUGGGACACAUGCUUGA